AUGCCGAAACGCCGAGGACAGCGUCUGGCCACAGCGUCUCUGCCUCGGCCCCUCGGCGCCCUCCGGGACGCCGCGCCCAGAGCCCCGAUCCGGCUGCAGUCUGCAGCGCUGCCGCAGCCCCCUGGCCCGCUCCGGGGCGCCCCCUUCCCGCCCCAGACCUCGAGGCCUCUGUCCCGAGGCCCCUGGGCGCCCCUGGGCGCCACCCCGUCCUCAGGCCGCCCACUCGGGGCGCCCCCGCUCUGCGUCCCCCCUUCCCCGCACUUUCUGCAGGCAGCGAUUGCGCUGCCUCACCGCGCUCCCGCGGGGUCGGCCCUGGCCGGUAGUCUCAGGCCGGUGCCCGGCGCCGCGGCCCCUGGAGAUCCGGAAGGGCCUCGGGUGCCCAGGGCCGCCGGUUUCUUUCCGGAGACCUACAAGCUGCCUCACCGUCUCAUCGAGAAAAAGAGACGCGACCGCAUUAACGAGUGCAUCGCCCAGCUCAAGGACCUCCUGCCCGAGCACCUCAAACUCACAACUCUGGGUCACUUGGAGAAAGCCGUGGUUCUGGAACUCACCCUGAAGCACGUGAAGGCGCUGACCAGCCUGAUCGAUCAGCAGCAGCAGAAGAUCCUGACGCUGCAGAGCGGUUUGCAAGCCGGUGAGUGCCGGUCGCGGCGGGGCUGGCUGGGGCGGGUCCCCCUGGGGCCCAGCGCCCUGGGGGAGAUGCCCGCGGGUCUCUGCAGGAAGGCCAGGCGUUCCUUCCGGGCAGGCAGAGGUCCACGGUGGAGUGUCGCCGCGGCUGUGGGCGAGCGGCCCGGGGUUCCAGGAGACUCUGCUCCCCAGCCCCCACUCAAACGCCAAGCGCCCAUAAGCUGCGUCGUGGGUGUUUUACGCCCCGCGGGGCAGAGGGUCGGCGCCAUCAAGCAGGAGUGCGAGGAGCCCCCCGCGAAGAGGAGCAGAGUGCCGCGCCGCCAGGACGAGGGCCCCUUCCCCGGCGGCGACCUGCUGUGCGCCCCGUUCCUGGGCCCGCCCCCGCACCAGCCCCCCUUCUGCCUGCCCUUCUAUCUCAUCCCCCCGUCGGCGGCCGCCUACCUGCCCAUGCUGGAGAAGUGCUGGUACCCCACCUCCGUCCCGGUCCUGUACCCGGGCCUCAGCGCCUCCGCCGCCGCCCUCACCAGCUUCGUGAACCCCGACAAGCUGCCCGGCCCCAUGCCCGUGCCCCAGAGACUCCCCUCGCCGGCCCACCCGGGCCUCGACUCCUCCGCGCUGCUGCAGGCCCUGAAGCAGGUCCCCCCUUUAAACCUAGAAACCAGAGACUGAGCUCCCGGGGAUCCCGCCGCUUCGCUCCCCCCGCCCCCCAAGAAAGUGUUUGUGAGUCGGGGAGCCGGUCCCGGCGCGGGUGCCAGGGGGCCUGAGGCUGGCCGAGGAGCGGGUCUGGGGCGGCGCGCGGACACGCAGCCCCCCGGUGUGGGGGCAUCAAGGGCCGCCUGACCCGGGAGGCUCAGGAGCACAGCUCCCGCUUCUCCGCACGGACGGCGGCCCCAGCGGCCCGCGCAGCGGUCAGCGCCCAGCCCUGAGCCUGGGCUCCGCGCUGACCGCCAGCUCUCUGGCUCUGUGAAGCGAAAGGUCCCGUCCGGAGAGGCCCAGCGGCCCCCGCCGGCCGGCCCCGCCCGCCUCCCCGCCCCUGUGCC